CAUUAGUAAUCUGCAACAUGUUGUUGAGGUGAAAACUUCGGAUCAAAGUGAGAGAAUGGGAGACACUUGCCACUUAAACUUGGGGAAGUCAUACUUGACAUCCUUCAAUGUCAGGGUUGUUUGUGGUAACCUGGAAUCCUGGAUAAAUGAAGUCUUAUGCAGGUCAUGUUAUCGGAGUAUCCUUAAAGAAGCAGCUUUUCCAUUUGAAUAUUCGUUUGCAUUAAAAAUCUGUCUAUGAACAAAAUGAGGAACGCAAAGUAUAGGGAAAAUAAAGCUGUUGGUGUUAUGAAGGCUGGGCAGAGCUUUACCCAUUGAACCUAUGAUAAAUGCAGGGAUGUUGAUUCUGGAGUUGUAAUAUCACAAUUUAGAGCUGUAAUACCACUCAGAUAUCUGCAUUAUGUUUCAAUCCAAGUGGCACUCUUCUGUGCCUGCUUCAGGCCGUGGAAAUAGCAUAAAUAUUUUCUGGAUCAUACCAUCUUGGAUACAUAAUAUGCAGGCAGUCAAACCUAUGACUGGGAUCUUCUCAUGUGCAUCUUUAUAACUUCUAUCGUGGAAUGACAACAACUGUCAUCCAAGAUGUGCUUCUGCCAUUACUAUCAGUGGAUUGCUAUUAUACCAUCCAAAGGGAGUUGCCACUUUUUUGCUCUAUCACCCUUUGGUGGCAAUGCCAGCCUUCAAACUAUUGUUUCUCUUGGCAAAAAGUCUAUUCCCGUAUCCCAUUGUAUCUUUACCAUGGCGGUCUACUUCAUCUUUCAUCCUAAACUGGCAAUCUUCUUCACCUCGGCACCCUGUUACCUUUUAGGUGUUAGCAAUACUGCUACUUCCGUAGAAGGAAAGCUGAUUUUUCACAGUUCUUCCGUAUCUCGUGGUUUGCAGGAUGUUCAGUCGGGGGUUAAUUCCUUGGAGCAUUUGUUAGUUUAUACUCCAUCAGGCUAUGUGAUUAAACUUGAGCUUCUGCCAUCAAUUGAGGCAGAGCUAAAUGAGAGUGAUCUAGCAACUCGGUCUGGCUUAUAUGUACAUUCACAAGAUGAGGAGUUCCUUGAAAUUAUUGCUGUUAAAGAUAAUGCUUCACGUUAUUGUCUGAAGACUACUCUGCAAGCUCAGGUACUGAUGUCAAAAGCCUCGGGAAAUCAGGAAUUUUCAGGUCUGUUACUGUUGCAAGUUUUAUCUGGCACAGCAAGAGAAACAGCUCUUGCAAUUUUGGGAAGCAAAGCUGUGCCAUCUGAUCAGGUUGCCCUUCUCGGACCCCAAGGCAUAAUUGAAGAGCUUGACUCAAAAAGCAAAGUCCCAACCGAGGAUUUAAGGUUUGAGUUGGUGCUUUAUUCAACUGUCAAGUAUGGUGAAAGAGCUAUGAGAAAGACAGGACAUGCCCUCUCUGUGGACCAAAGAGUCACAUGGCUCAAUUGCUGUGUAGCGUCGAAAGAGCUGAACUAUUACUCUAGUUCCUGUGUCUGUGCCAUUCUGAAAGAAGCAUUUAGCACCUCAAUCCUGCAAGCUCCCUAUCUCUAUUCGGUAUGGAGAAGAAAAGCCCAAAACUUCUGGCCCAAGCUUCCUCCCCCUGAAAUUAAGUGGCAGCAUUAUAAAGUCCACAAUAAAAAAGCUAUAAUCUCUCUAGUUGGAACUACAACAACUUAUGGCAAUGCUGAUGGGAGUACAAUCAUUGCAUCAUGCUCAGAAGGUAUAUGA